AUGAUGUGUAAUUCUGUGUUUGUUCGUCGCGCUGCGUUCAAUUUUCCCCUUCGUCGAAAAAAAGCAAAAAGUGUCCGAUAUUCGUUGUAAAAGGGAAUAUGUGUGUAACAUUGUGAUCGACUGUAAUUUACUACAAAAAAACUAGGAAAAACCUAAAAUCUAUCAAAAUUUGACGUCAACGAAAUAAACCCAAAUUACGAGAAUGUCCGGUUACGACCCGGGCGGUGGUGACCAGCCCAGCCGUGGCAGCACGCCCGACCUGACCAGUCUGCAGGAGAACUUCAGCCAGCAGCAGGCCAAAAUCACGGCGCUGCGCGAGCUGGUCCGCGCCACCGAGUCCGCCCAGGGCAAAAAGACGGCCUCCGCGCAGGAAAAGGUGAAGAACAUCGCCCAGCGCCUGACGCAGUACAAAACCAAGGCCACCAAGUCCCGCCUCAGCCGCGCCUCCAGCUCCGAGGUGGACCUCAUGUCCACCCGGAUCAACGAGGAGACGACCGAGGUCGAAGUUGACUCGAGCUUCGCCAACAUCAGCAGCGUGGCGUACGAGGAGCAGCAGCACAUGUCGCUGCCAACGGCGCGCGCCCGCUCGGAAACGCCCGGCAGCGAAAAGGUCAACCUGCUGCGCCAGCAGAUGGAGCAGAACCGGCUGAAGAUGGCGGCGCGCGAAAGUCAGAAGCGCGAGGUCGAGGAGCGCGUCAUCGAGCUGAAGCACAAGCUGGAGGCGUCCCAGCACACGCUGGAACAGUCGACGGCGGAAUUUGGCCGGUCGACGGGGGAUUUGAGCGGGUUGCUGCUCGGGCCGCCAGCCGUCACGCCGGUCAAGAUGGGACGGUUCGAGUUUAACAAGAGCACGUCGGAUCUGACGCAGAUGGUUGCUGGAGGUGGCGGAUUAACUUCGAGUCUGGAAGUGGAACGGCUGCGGUACCUCGAGGGAAGGGUUAAAGUGUUGGAGCAGGAGCUGGCCAAUCAACCGAGUUCCGACGAGCGCGUGAAGGAGCUUGAGCGUAAAAUCCUGGACCUGGAAGAGGCGCUCAAAGAGAAAGAGUGCGUGAUUGAGGCGCGAACGCAGGCUGUUUCCCUCAUGACGGAGAAUUUGACCGCGAAGGGAAGGAACACGGUCGAUUUGCUGGAGGACACCAAGCAGGAGAUGCUGCGCAUGCAAACGAACUUUGUGCAGGCCGAGGCGAGUUUGAAGCAGGAGCUGGACCGAUUGCAGGUCGAACUGGACGAGCGCUCGGCCAAGGUGUCCAACCUGGAGGAGAUGAACAACAUCCUGGAGACGGCCCGGUACGACCUGACGGUGGAGAACUCCACGCUGCGGCAGAGCCUGGAGGACGUGCAGGACUUUGCCACCAAGAUCAGCGAGCUGAACAAGCUGAACCAGAGUCUGCAGCACCGGAUCACGGAGUUGGAGGGUUCGCGGUACGAGUUCAUAACCGACGCGGAGGUCGAGCAGGCUCGGCGGGAGGGCGAGAGUGACGAGCGGGUGAGGGAACUGGAGGAGCGGGUGCGGGAGUUGGAGGAGACUGGGGAUUUGGCGGAGAAGGUGCGGAGUUUGGAGGCGACGAUCGAGGCGCAACGGGAACAGCUUGAGGGUCAGAGCAAGGUGUACGAGGAGUUGCAGGAAUCGUUGCAGGAGAAGACGGUGGAGUUGAACGUGUUGAAUGCGAACUUUUCCGUGCUGCAGGAGAAGCUGAAGACGGCCGGGCCGAAGCAGUUGUUCCCCAAGUCGGCGGAGGAAGAAGCGGAGGGGGAGACGAGCAAGCUGAAGCAACAGCUGGACGAAGCGAACAAGGGCGCGAUCAAGUCCAAGCUGAAGAUCAAGCAGCUGCAGAAGCAAGUGGAUUCAUUCAAGAAGACCUCGGCGGUUCACGAGGAGGUCGUGCGGUUGACGGAGGAGGUCCAAACCCUCACCCAACGGCUAGCCGAAGUCGAGGAGGAGAAGGGCAACCUCCAACUCCAUCUCGUCAACUACGACGGCUCCCUCCCCGACUCCGAACUUGAAAAGCGCAUCAAAAUCCUCGAAACGACCUGUCAAAACCAAACCCAAGCGAUCCAACUGCUCGAGGAGCAAAAGCUGGACAUGGACGAGGACCUGAACGCGACCCGGCACGAGCUGGAAACGAUGCGCGAAUCCAGCAAGGUCGCGGACCAAGGAACCACCUCGAUCCAGUCCCAGAUGACGUCGAUCGAGUACGAGGAAAAGUUCGAGCAGUGCGUCACCGAUCGGGAAGAGUUGCGGACUCAAAUCGGCAAGCUGGAGAGCGAACGCACCGAGCUGCAGCAAAAACUCGAGCGGUACAUGUGCGAAAACAUUGAGCUGCUCGAUCGGAUCGAGAAGUUGAGUUCGGUGGAGAAGGUCAGCUCGGCGGAGUCGAUUGAAAUUGUGGAGGGGCUGACGGCGAGCGAGAAGCAGGAGAUUGAGGGGUACGAAGCGGCGGCGGCCAAGAAGAAGAAGAUGGCUGCUGCGGCUGGGGAAGUGGGAGAUGAAGGGGUGGACGAAGGAGGAGCGGUGGAUGAAGCGAAUAGAUCCAUCGCGAAGCACGCGGACGUCGCGCUCGAUCCUAGCGCCGACGACGACGAAGACGACCUCAACUCGAGUCUGGUGAAGCUGCGCGAGGAAAGCAGCGAGCUGAGCCACAAAAUCGAGCUGUUUACGAACGAGCGGCGGGAGGUGCUGGAAAAGUUGGAAGCGCUGACGGUGGAGAACGCUAGGAAUGUUGAGGAGUUGGAGCGGUUGAGGGCGGAGAAUCGGGAGCUGGUGGCUUCCGGUUCCGGGUCGAGUCAGAGCUCGCCGGUGAAGAAGGGGGUGGAGUUUGAUCGGGACGGGUUCGAGCAGGCGCUGCGGUCGGUGGAGAACGAGGUGGCGAAUUACAGCAAGAACAAGGACAAGAACAAGAAGCUGCAGAUUGCGAAGAAGCUGGCGGGGGAUGCGAAGAAUUUGGGGAGGUUGGCGGGGGGGUUGUUGGCGGAGGUUGAUGGGACGAGCGGGUUGAGGGAGCAGAUCAUGGAGAUGACGCACGCCCAGAUCGGGAAGAUCGAGCAGAUUGAGCUGUUGAGGGAGGAGGUUGUGCGGAAGAGGGAGGAGAUUGAUGAGCUGAAGCGACACUUGGAGGCGAAGGCGGAGAAGAGUUCGUCGGAUGAUGAGCCGGAACUGUUGAAGGUGGAGUUGAACAGUAGGAAUGAUGAGAUCAGGGAACUGAAGAAGGAGUUGGAGUCGUUGGCGGCGAGGAAGACGGUUGAGGUUGAGGAAGUUCAGUCGAGGUUGAAGGGAGCUGGCAAUGAGAUCGACAUCUUGAAGGAGCUUGUGCAGGAGCAGAAGCAGCAGCUGAUCGAUACGUACCAGGAGCACGAGCACGACAUUGCCGGGAAGCUGAAGGAGAUCCAGAACUACGAGAACGAGGCGAAGCAGAUGAGGGAGGAGAUCGAACGGCUCAGCAGGCUCGUCGAGCAGAACUCGGAGCGGUUUGACGAAGCGAUGAAGCAGCAGCUGGAGCAGCUUCAGGAACAACAGGACGAGAUCAGCCACAAGCAGGAGACGAUCGACACGCUGAACGCUCAGAUCAUCGACCUGUACAAGACGAUGGAGGAGAACGCGAAUCGGGUGAUCGAGAAGGAGGACGAGCUGCAGUACCUGCAGGAACUGCUCGACGCCAAGAAGGACGAGGUCGAAACGCUGCAUCAACAGCUGGUCGAAGUCCGGAAGCAGCUGGAGUCAGCUGAACGUCGACUUCAGGAAGCACUAGCAACUCCAGCGGUUGACGAAGGUCGCGUCCAAGAACUCGACACCAAGAACAAGGAACAGCUGGAGAAGCUCAAGAAGUUCGCCGCCAACCUGAAGAAAAAGAACGUCCAAUGCCAGGAGCUGGAAGACAAGCUGGCAAAGGCUCAACAGGAACUCGAGGAAGCCAAGCAAGCUUCCCCCUCCGACGACCUUCGCGAGGAGAACGAACAACUCUCGCAGAAGAUGCACCACCUCAACAACGAACUCCACAAGCUUCUCCAGCAAAAGUACACGCUGGAAACAAGCGGACAGCAAUCCCAGCAUGACCUCCUAACCCUUCAAGAAAAGUACCAGCAACUUGAAGAUCGUGUACAGCAAGGCGAGUCCAAGCUACAACAAGUCGCGAACCAACUCGCCGACAAGCUCAAAGAGUUCCAAACCGUCAGCGAAGACCUCGCCUCCAAGAACGUCAAAAUCGAAAAGUGCAAAGCCAUCAUCAAGGAAAAGAACAAGGAGAUCCAGCGCCUCCAAGAGCACGAACGCAAAACCGCCUACCUCGAGGACGAGAUCAAAAUGUCCCAAAGCAAACUCGAGGACUUCCACAACCAAACGCUCCAACUCGGCCGCCUCAAAGCCGACAAGGAAGACCUCAACGCCGCCCUCAAAGCCGAAUCCGAAAAAGUCCGCCAACUCGAGCUCGACCUCGAACUCGCCGACGAGCAGUCCCGCAAGCUGCGCGACCAAAUCGCCAAGCUCGAGCGCGGCAUCUCCCUCGUCGAGCAGCGCCGCAACUCGCUCGAGCGCCAGAAGAAGCUCCUCGGCGAAGCGCUCGACGAGCGCACCCAAGAGUACAGCGAGCACGAAGAUGAACUCAUGCGCCGGUUGGCGAACCUGACCCAGCACGACGAGGCGAUCGAGCACAAGCUUAAAGAAAAAGAGGACGAACUGCUCGAGCUGGGUGAAACGCUGCGGGACGUUGAGCAUCAACGCGAUCAGCUGCAAACCCGCUUGAACGAUUUAGAGAGGCAAUCCGCGACGCACGAGGAAGCAACCCGCCGAUCGGCGGAGCUCGAGAGUGAUAACUUUGGGUUGGGGCAGCAGGUGGCGGCGCUGCAAGCGGAGGUGAAGAGGGUGCAGGGGGAGGCGGAGGGAAGGGUGGCGGAGAAGGACAGCGAAAUUGAUCAGCUGGAGGUGGAGUUGACGAACCAGCUGGCGAAGAUCGAGAACGAGCGGAAGCUGCUGCAGGAGGGACUGGAGCGGGCGAGGGAUGAGAACGUUGAUUUGAGGGAUGAAGUGGUGCGGCUGCAGGAGAAUGUCAACUCGUUUGAGCAGACGAGGACGGAUUUGGAGAAGGAGGUAACCUGGCUGCGAAUGCAAAACGAAAGCCUGACCCAGGACAGCAACGAGCUGCAAGAGCUGCGGAUGCAGAUCGUGCAGGACCAGACGGAGCUGGAGAACCUCCGCGGUCAGUGCGAGACCCUGGUGCAGAACCACCAGUGCGAGAUCCAGGCGCUGAAGCAGCAGAUCGCCGACAUGGAAGCGAUCCGGACGCAGCUCAGCCAGAACCAGACCGACGACCAGGUACAGGUUCAGAACGAGAUGCGGAAGCUCAAGGGUUUGCUGGAGCAGAAGGAGGAGGAGAUUUUGGGAUUACGAGCUGGGAAGGAGCAAGCUGACGGGGAUUUGGAAGAGUUGAAGAGGCAGCUGGAAGCGCUGGAGCAGAGUUUGAAGAGGGAUGAAGCGCUCGAGCAGCAGCUGGAGAAGAAGAGUUCCGAACUGGAAGCGAUGAGCAAGCAGCUGUUCCCUACCAUGCAAGCGGAACCAAUUGCGGGGACGUCUCAGUUCUUCGCUGGUCAGCCGGAAUCUACUGCCAUCUCCCUGUUUGACUCCGCUGGCGAUGGUUGGGGAUGGGACGAACCCGUCGUAACCCAGCAAGCUCACCAGGAAGUUUCGGCAGUUCCGGAAGUGGACGAAGUCGGCCAACUCCGAGCUCAAAUUGAAGAACUGCAAGCGAAGCUUGCCGCGAUCACCGAUCGCGACGACGAGUUCCACCAGCUAAAGGACGAGCUGGACAUCCUGCGAGCGCAAAAUUCCUCGCUCAGCUACGAGAUCGCCGAGAAGGCUUCCAAGCUGAAGCACAUUGCCGCGACGCUGCAAGCCGAGCAGCUGCGAGCGAGCGAGCUCGAAGAGCAGCUGGAGAAGCUGGAAGGCGAAGUAGUUCCGUCGGUGUCCUCCUUCUUCACCGACUCGAUGGCGCCGGUGUUUGAGGAGCUGGUGGUGCCGAAGGUGACCUACCAGUGCAAGCCGAGCGUGUCGGUCGAGGAACCGAUGUUUGCUACGGCCGUCGCUGGGUCACAGCAUGCGGCGCCCAGCCAGGACAGUGCGUUGGACGAGGAGUUGGCCAAGUUGAAGGCUGCGAGCGAGGAGCAGUGCCAGCGGAUCGAGGAUCAGGUGAGGCAGCUGUUGCAGCUGCAGGAGCUCAAUGGAAGCUUGCAGCAGAAGCUGGAAGAGCAGAACGAGGUUGUUGGAGAACUUAGGCGGGAGGUGGAGAAGCUGUUGGAGACGAAUCAGCAACAGAAGCUUCAAGAAGAUCUCCAGAUCGGUCAACUAAAGCAGGAGAUCGAGAAUCUAGAGCAGACGAAGCAGCGAGGCGACAGCCAGAUAAGUCAGCUUCGACAAGAAGUCGAGAGACUGCUUGAAGAAAACACCAGACAACAACAGCUGAAGGAGACUGAACUUGAGCAACUUAGAGCGUCGAACCAGCAACAUCAAGACAACCAGGUGAGCUCGCUACGACAAGAGAUCGAGCAACUCAGCACCACAAAUCAACAGUUCCUAGCAGAGCAGAAGAGCUUGAAGGAAGCACUGAACAGCCUGCAACAGCACAACGAGCUUGAGCAGACGAAGAUGGAUAUGGAGAGAGAGCAACUACAGCACGAACUGGGCAACCUCAAGCAACUCAACGAGUCGCUCCAGCAAGAUCGCGACACCUUUCUGCAGCUCCAAGACGAGCUGGACAUUGUCCGCGCGCAGAACGCCUCGCUCCAGCACGAACUCCAGGACAAAUCCGACCGCAUCAAGCGACUAGCGGGCACGCUAACCGAAACGGAAGUCCGUAUCGGACAGCUCGAAGCAACGACAGCGGCCUCGUUCUUUGGCGGGGUUGCUGCGCAACCUGCGGCGGAGGUCUUCGAGGAGAUUAUCCAGCCGAAGAAGGCGUUUCAGCUGGAUGAGGAGGACUGCUGGGGAGGUGAGGAAGCGUUGCUCGAGGAGCAACACCAGCGCAAGUCGAGCGAGCGUGACGACUACAUCCGGCAGCUGGAGCUGGAGAAGGAGCGACUGCAGCAGGAGAUCACGGAACUGAAGGUCAAGUCGGGGAAGUUGCUGAAGAAGGUGAAGGAGUACAAGGUGAAGAGUGAGAGCUUGGAGCUGAGGAGGUCGGCCUCGAUCGAGACCAGCGAGCUGGAUCUGGCGAUCCAGGAGGAGCUGAACGCGCAGGUAAGGGGGUUGGAGGGGAAGUUGAAGGAGGUUCAGGCGGAGCGGGAGUCGCUGCUUAAGCGGGUUGACGUGCUGACGGCGGCGAACGAUCGGUUUGCCGAGAUGAAGGAACGUCAGGAUGGGCAGAUCGAGGUUCAGCUGGCGAAGAUCCGCGAGCUUAGCGGGAAGCUGCAGCAGCUGGAGGAUUGGGGAGACGAAAGUACGGAGAAGGAGGUGAAACCUGCGGUGGUGGAAGCCGGUCAGGUUACGAGCGCGGAGGUGGAAGAGCUGAGGAAGGAAGUGGACGAUCUUCGCGUUGACAACGAGGAGUUGCAAGCACUGCUGGAGGAGGAGAAGGCGAACGUGGAGAUCCUGGAGAAGCGAGUCGCGCAGAAGGACGGCGAGAUCCAGGAGUUGAUCGAGAAGAUUGACGGGCUGUCGCAGGACUCGCGCACGAUCAAGACCAGCCUGGAGAGUCUGAAUCAGCAGAAGAGCCAGGAAACGGUCGAGCUGAGUCAGAAGUUGAAGGAGCUGAUGGGCAGGAACACGGAACUUACCCAGCAGAUCGAGAGCAUGCGAUCGGAGAGCUUGUUCCAGAACUCCGAGCAGGAAAGCAAGUUACAAGAGCAGGUUCAGCAGUUGAGCGCACAACUCCAGUACAAGGAAGCGGAGAUCGUACACCUGAGCGAGCGGAUCGAGCAGCAAGCUCGGGAAGAUCAGACGCAGUCGCUGGUGCAGGAGAUCCUGGGCAAGAACCAGGAGAUAUCCGCGCUGAAAGCGCGCUUGCAGCAGCUCCAGUCCGAACACCAGGAUCUGCAGAGCAACCUGACGCUGCAGAUCACGAAGGAACUGGCGGGAAGUCGUCCGGAGGACGACAAGAGCGCCAAGCUAGCAGAGCUGGAGCGAGCAAACCGGGACCUGCUGGAGGAGAAGCACCAGAUGGAGCAGGAACUGCAAGUGCUGAACGAUCAAGUGAUCGCGAGCUUGGAGUUCGAGGAUCGCAUGAAGGGCAUCGUCCUGGAACUCGACGCCAAGAACAUCGAGAUCGAGGCGCUCAAAGCUUCACUGGAGACGCUCAAGCAGAGCGCGGUGAGUUCGGAACAGUCGACUCCUACCGCUUCCAAGGAGCAAGCUGGAGACGAAUCCAUCCGGAAGCAGCUUCAGAAACUCCAGAAGGAGCGAGCCGAUCUGGAAGCCAACUACCGGAUCACGCUCGAACAGCGGGACGCGCACUGGCAGCACGUGGUCGAAGAACGUGGCGCACAGGUCGCGGAAAGCUGGAAGCAGCACGUAGACCUGCGGGAAGCCGAGUUCACCGUGAUCGAGAAGAGUCUCCGCGAGGAGAUCGAGCGGUUACAGGGUCAGAACCCAAAUCCGCCGCAAGCGGCGGCGGAACCCGCCGCGAUCGUGCAGAUGAAGGAAGCGCUGGAAGCGCAGGAGCUGGAGAUCGUGACGCUGAAGGAGCAGCUGGCGAUCCGGAGUGCGGAGUACGCGCGGCUAGCCGCCCAGGUCGAUCCGUUCGCGGUCAAGCACGCGAUGAACAUGGUCACGAGCGAACCGAAGCCGGUCGACAACGGCGACAAGGUGCCGCGAUCGGAGCUGGAACUCGCGCUGUACAUGAUCUACCAGCGGGACAUGCGCUGCGAGGAGCUGGAACUCGAGCUGAGGAAUCUGCUGGAGGAGCGGGACGCUCUCCAGUUGAGACUGUCGAACGCGCUGCGACUGCAGGAGGAGUUCAAGCGGAAGUUCAACGCACCCGUCGGAGAAGCAUCCGGCGACUCGAGUGACCUGUCCAAGACCACCACCCCGGAAAAAUCCCUCCAGCAGAUCGUGCAAGAGUCUGGAAUCGGGGCCGCGACGACGACGACGUCAGCAUCGUCCGUUCCGGAGGAGCUGUCGAGCAAGCUGUCGGAGCUGCAUUCGAUUGGGCAUUCGCGGGAUAAGCGCCAGCAGGAGGAUCGGGAGGAGCGGCACCGGCAGCUGGCGCUGAUACAGCGCGAUCUGGCCAACAUGCCGCUGGAGGCGGCCGCCAGGAUUACCGGGGGCAGCGUGGGAGCACCCUCGGAAUCGUCCUCUCCUCAUCAGCAGCAGCAGGUGCAACAGCAGAGCGCCUCGUCCGUACUAAUCAACUGGAUUUUGGGCAAAAAAUCCGACACGUAGAAAUAUUGCAAACAAAAUUAGAUUUAAAAAUAAUAAUAGGAACCAGUCGCAUUGUGUCGCGUUUCCUUCAUAGGCCAACAAUAUAUUCCAAUCACUGCAAGGUUUGUUCUCCAACUUACAAAACAAAACCAGAAAAGCAGGACUAAACGAGAAAAAUAGCUUAGCGAAAGAAGAAAAAAAGUGACCGGAUGUUACUACGUGUUUAUAUAAGUGUUAUAUUUGUGUGAUCCGACAUUCCUAUCGGGAAUCGUCUGCCGAGGUUAGUCGCUGCGCGGAGUGUGGGCUCACGUCCGAUUGGUCCAACUGUCAGCCGAAGAAGGAGGAAGAGUCUGCCCGGAACUCUUGCCUGUGUGAGUGGCUCUCACCGAUCAGGUUUGAUCUGUCAUUGCAGGGCUGGACAAAGGGGAACUCAGUGGAGUGCGCUCAAUUACACCAUAAUAGGGUGAUCUACACCACACAAUAUUUUUGUGUUUUUGAGAGAGAGCGAAACGAAUUUCACACGACACACAUUCAUAACUUUACGAAUAGAAAACGACCCGAACUACUUUCCAAACUUCAGUGACUUAUUUUGCCCCGAGUUUGGUAAAACCUUUGAUUGACCACUGACAAGCGCUUUGAAAUCUUUACUUUUUGUUUAAUGUUGUUAUUUUUUCCCCUCGCAACUCGCCCCGAUCCUCGCCGAAGGGAAGAAUGUCGAGAAAAAGUCUCAGAAUUGGCGAUGAAGCUGUGUGGAAAGAAGAAUGAAGAUCGGCUCUGGCAGAGUACCGAAAAGAUAGAAAAAUGAGAAGUGUAGUAGAAAAUAUGAAUUAAAAGUUUUGAGGAAAAAAUGCAACCGGAAGAGUCAUUAGAUAGUUUGAUGAUUGAAGAAAACAAACAAUUGAAUAUUCCACUUACCUAUUUUUGUUGUUUUUAAUUUUGUGUAAAUUGUGCAUUUUUUUUCUGUUUGGUUUUUGUACAUAAAGCCACUUUUCCAAAAUUCCUUUUUAGAAAAUGUGUAUAAAAAAUUGCACGUGUAUUGUAUUAUCAUUAUCAGAUGAAUUUAAAUAAAAGGUGUAUCAAUGACAAAUA